AAGGUGCGGCGCGAGGAGCGAGCGACCGUACGGUGUGCGUUUGCUGCUGCGAGUCAAUUCUGCCUUUUAGCCUCCAAAAACACUUGCUGCGGCACCGGAGACGAGCGAUAAAGAAGCGAGAGGAGUUUAGAAGAGCUAAGUGGAUAUUUUUAUUCCAACCAGUCGACCUUUUUUGACUUAAACGCCGUUUUUCAGUGUAUUUACAUAACCAUCUUUCGGCGGCGACAACGUUACGCUCAAGCGUCAAGUCACUUACGGUUCGUUUCUUCUACCAAUUUAAACAUAAACUGUCUUUUAAGUGCAAUUCUGCGUAAACUCAUUUCAUUGUUCUCGCAUUUUGUGUUUUUUUUUCUUGUUUUUUUUUCACCAUAAACAAGUUAUACAACGAGGUGGGCUCGCUUUGUAGCCGCGCAGGUCCUAGCGCCCGCCCGCUCGUCAGUCACGUUGCGGUAGCGCGUCUGUUGGCCAAAUGCUUCAGUCUCCGACGCGUUCCAAGUUCUUUGUCACCAUGGAAAAGGUUUUAUUAGAGCAAGGCUAACAAGGAGCAAGGAAAAUCGAACGAAAACGCCCCCCCGACUUGCAGUAGCACACAGCCGUGCCUGGACGUGUAGUGUAUUUUGCACACCAAAGUGUUGUUGAGACAACAUUUCCAAGCAGAAGACAUCCGUCCAAUUGAGUGAUGGUCGUUAAUACGAUCCACUGGUUCAGAAAGGGCUUGCGGCUCCACGACAACCCAUCCCUCAAGGAGUCCCUGCUGGGGGCCGACACCGUCCGCUGCAUCUACAUCCUCGACCCCUGGUUUGCCGGCUCGUCCAACGUCGGGAUCAACAGGUGGAGAUUCCUGCUGCAGAGUCUGGAGGAUUUGGACUCUAGCCUCCGUAAACUCAACUCCCGUCUCUUCGUGAUAAGAGGCCAACCCACCGACGUCUUUCCCAGGCUCUUCAAGGAGUGGAAAAUAUCCCGUCUGUCUUACGAAUAUGACUCUGAGCCCUUUGGAAAGGAGCGAGAUGCCGCCAUUAAGAAGCUGGCGUCGGAGGCCGGCGUGGAGGUGACGGUGCGCAUCUCCCACACGCUCUAUGACCUGGACAAGAUCAUCGAGUUGAACGGCGGUCAGUCGCCCCUCACCUACAAGCGCUUUCAGACCCUCAUCAGUCACAUGGACGCCGUGGAAGUGCCCGCCGAGUUCAUCACGGCCGAGAUCAUGGGGAAGUGCUCCACGCCGCUGUCCGACGAGCACGACGACAAAUUUGGCGUGCCGUCGCUGGAAGAGCUGGGUUUCGAUACGGAAGGUUUGUCGUCGGCCGUGUGGCCUGGAGGGGAAACAGAAGCCCUCACGCGGCUGGAAAGACAUUUGGAGAGGAAGGCUUGGGUGGCCAACUUCGAGCGUCCCAGAAUGAACGCCAACUCUCUCCUGGCCAGCCCGACCGGCCUCAGCCCCUAUCUUCGCUUCGGUUGCCUCUCCUGCCGGCUGUUUUACUUCAAACUCACCGACCUCUACAGGAAGGUGAAGAAGAACAGCUCGCCGCCGCUCUCGCUGUACGGCCAGCUGCUGUGGCGCGAGUUCUUCUACACGGCGGCCACCAACAACCCCUGCUUCGACAAGAUGGAGAGCAACCCUAUCUGCGUGCAGAUCCCGUGGGACCGCAACGCCGAGGCCCUGGCCAAGUGGGCCGAGGGCCGCACGGGCUUCCCCUGGAUCGACGCCGUCAUGACCCAGCUGAGGCAGGAAGGCUGGAUCCACCACUUGGCCCGGCACGCCGUGGCCUGCUUCCUGACGCGAGGGGACCUGUGGAUCAGCUGGGAGGAGGGCAUGAAGGUGUUUGAGGAGCUGCUGCUGGACGCCGACUGGAGCGUGAACGCCGGCAGCUGGAUGUGGCUCUCAUGCAGCUCCUUCUUCCAGCAGUUCUUCCACUGCUACUGUCCUGUGGGCUUCGGACGCAGAACCGAUCCCAACGGAGAUUACAUCCGCCGCUACCUGCCCGUCCUGAGGGGAUUCCCGGCCAAGUACAUCUACGACCCCUGGAACGCUCCGGAGGGCGUGCAGAAGGCGGCCAAGUGCAUCAUUGGCGUGCAUUACCCCAAGCCCAUGGUGAACCACGCCGAGUCCAGCCGCCUGAACAUCGAGCGCAUGAAGCAGAUCUACCAGCAACUGUCCUGCUACAGAGGCCUCGGUCUGCUGGCGUCUGUUCCUUCCACCGCCGGCGGGAACGGCAACAACCCGCCGUCUUCAGAUGCCAUGGGAUAUUCUGUCCAAGCUCCGUCGAGCUAUCAGAUGCCAGCUCAGUCCCAAGGAGAUUGGCAAAGCGGCGCCAUGAUGUACCUGCAGGGGGACUCCCAGAGCACACAUCAGCAUGGUUUUGCCAGCGCUGGCAGAAUGUGUUACACUCCAGGCAGCCGACAGAGUCCCGCACUUCAAAAAGGGCCUGAGCUCCCAACGAGCAGCAAACGCCACUGCGAAGACCCGGGAAAAAGCAAAAGCUCCAAAAUCCAGAGACACUAACCUGCAGAAAAGUUGCUCACUCCUACUUUUGCUUCUGCUUAGUGGAGGGAAGGACUUCAGCCCACUUCCUGUUCCUUCUGCUCCUACUUCCUGUUCCUUCUGCUCCUUCAUGUGGUGACGCCACGUCGCCAUCCAGUAAUCCACUUGUGUUUUCUCACACUUGUGUUGUAUAUAAAGAACUUUCUCACAUACAACCUGUACAUAUUUGACUAUUGUAUGUGCGUCUUGUGUAGCCAUACAUCCAUGAUAUAUAUUUUUGAUAUGACAAAACGUGUGAUCGCUGUUUCUUCUUGGACAUUUUUCCUAAAAAAAAUGAAUAAAAAGAUGACAUUUGAAGAACAAAAAAUGUAAAAAAAUAUCAUCAUAAAGCAGCUUCAUGUAGAAUUCAUCUCCGUCUGUUUUGAGUCUGUAAGAAUUCUUGAUUCCAGUGCAAAUAGAGUUAGUGGAAGCACUAGAAACAUCCAUCAGUGUAGCAGUGAUAAUGUGCUUGUUGGAUUAAAAGCACGUCAACACA